CGCCAUGUAUGACCACAGCUGGUGACUGUCCUAACAAAGCGUAAAAUAAAACCAACUUCAUCACACAGCUGGAGCCUCUCCUAUCAAAAUACAAAAACAUAAUAAACUUUUUGAAACCAAUUCUUCUUUUCUUCUGUUUGGUUAAAUCUAAUCUCUCUCUUUGAACUGUACAAAGCAGCAAGUAAUUUUGCAAUUCACAAAGAUCUGUUACUCUUUCUCUCUCCUUUCAUUCAGCCUGCGUUUUCAUCUGCAUAACUUUAAGACUCGAAGUCGGAACCGAUUCUUCGUCUGCUGCAGAAUCAGAAGUGGAGAUGGCAAGUCGACUGAAGGAAGAUGAGAAAAAUGAACGAAUAAUUCGAGGUCUUCUCAAACUCACACCAAAUCGAAGAUGUAUUAACUGUAACAGCUUGGGACCACAAUACGUGUGCACAAAUUUCUGGACGUUUGUUUGCAUUAGCUGUAGUGGAAUACACCGAGAAUUUACACAUCGAGUAAAAUCAAUUUCAAUGGCUAAAUUUACUGCACAGGAAGUUAGUGCACUUCAAGAAGGAGGAAAUCAGCACGCAAAAGAAAUCUAUUUUAAAGAAUGGGAUCCACAACAUCAUUCUCUGCCUGAUAGCAGCAAUAUUAACAGGCUCCGGGACUUCAUUAAGCAUGUUUAUGUGGAUAGAAGAUUUACUGGUGACAGAACUUAUGACAAACCUCCAAGAGCAAAGGGUGACAAGGACGAUGAGAACAAGAGGAUGGAGACGUAUCCGGGAGGAUCCAAAAGCCCUCCAUACGAUUACAGUGACAGGUCUAGUCCUGGUGGAAGAAGUCCUGGAUAUGAUCAAGAAAAUAGACAAUAUGGUGAUUACAAGAGAAGCCCUGGUCGUCCUCCAAUAGUCAAUGAUUGGCGUCGAGAAGAUAGAUUUGGGGAUGGACGGAAAUUUGAAGAUAAUAGAAUAUCCGAUGGAAAUCAUAAGCUGGAAAGCCAUUCUCCUGAGCAAACCAGGGAUCUGGGUUCUUCCAGCCCACCUGUGGCCCGACCUGUUAGAGAGAUCUUGGGAGAAAAUGUAGUACCACUUCGAAUUAGUGAACCACCCAAAACAAACGGUGGACAGGCUGCUAAUGGCUCAGCACUCACACAGAGAACUGCAUCUUCCAGUAGCUUGGCUUCAAGCAAUGGAACUGCGGUAGAAGUUAAGCUUGAGACUAUUAAGAGCCUUAUUGAUUUUGAUGAUGAUCCUGAACCACCUGCUGCCCCAGCAAUUCCUCAAGCCCAGCAACCUAAUGUGGCUCAACUUGGGAUUCCUGCAAAUUCCAAUGAUAAUAAUUGGGCCUCUUUUGAUGUUGCUCCUGAGGCAAAAGCAUCUCAGGCUCCUUCAAAUGUAAAUCCACUUGAAUCUGUGCUGACUCAAUUGUCAGUACCAGUAUCUUUACCUUCUCAGGUGUCUGGAGCGCAAGGACCUGUGUGGGGAUCUGCUCUUACCAUCACUGCUUCUGGAGCUUCAAUUGUUGGCGGCUUCUCAACAUUCCCAGCCAGUGGUGCUUCAGUAACAUCUGGAUUGACAACAUCAACUCUCAAUAAUGCAGGACAGUGGGCUAGUUUGCAGUAUCAGCAACAUCAACCUUUGUUCACUGCUGCUGGUAGUCAGCCUACUAUUCAACAAUCUACACCACCAAUUGGUGGAGCUUUGAAUAAUCAGCCCUGGACUGUACCAUUGGUACAGGGGCAUUCAAGCACACCAAUGCCUCAUGCAUCACACCUUGUCCCAAAGCCUGCCAAUGGGGCUAAAUCCACUGUUGUUUUACAACCUUCUACAGUAGACACAAAAUCAAGUGGAAGAAGUGAGCUUCCUGAGGAUCUAUUCACUGUAAAAUAUUCGUCCUUCCCUGCUCGAGUCCCAGGUUGGGAAAUGGUUCCACCACCUAGCACGGGUAUCUCAAUUCAAUACAAUAAUAUGAUGCCCAUGCCAAGUUUUCCUCAACAAUCAAAAUCAACAAAUCCAUUUGAUAUCAGCAACGAACCAACACCAUUUCAAGCCCCAACAUUUCCUUCCAUGUCAUCUUUGCAAGGUGCUCUGCCUAGUGUAACACCUUCAGCUACAAUUCACCCUUCAAACAUGGGUAAUCAACCUCUUGCUUGGAAUCCACCCUCAUCAUCAUCCUAUGUAUCAAUGCCUCCUCCUCAAGCACAAACUCUUGCACCAGUAAUGGGUCCAGGGGCAUACAUGGGGCAACAAAUGGCAACUAACAUGCCAAUGCAAAGGCAUCAAGGAACUGGGAAUUUCGCUACUGAGGGAAAUGCUUUUGGUUUCUCAAAUCCAGAUCAGCAGCAGCUGACUGGUAGGUUAUAUACUGCUGCUACCCCAAACACCUUCCAUGCAGGAGGGAACCCUUUCGGAUGAUCUUAAGUUUUCGUCUGCUCGGACUCUUUAAUUCAUGCAUCAAUUUGUUGCACCCUGUACAAACAUGGUUGAAAUGUCUGUCGUUUGUCAGUUAAAACGAAACACUCAUCACGCAUAGAGAGAUUUAUUACCAGUCACCACUCACCUGUGGGUUCAAAUUCAAAUAUUUGUACCUGGCCUUGUAAAUUGUUUAUUGUUAUAGGAAAGAUGAAGGCGAAUUCGGCCUUUGGGGAGAGGGAGUUACAGAGACACUUCUGUGGAGAUAAAGCCAUAAGGUGCCCUUAGUAUUAUUUUUCAGUUUUUUCCUGUAUUGUAUUAUUUUGUAAUCUCAAUUUUUGUAAGGUCUUUCUAUUCGUUGAGGUACAUCUCCCUGUUAAAUAAUUGUCAAGUUUGAGUUCCAUGCCUCUAUCUGUUUUUUGAAUUUGUUUUACAUGUGAUAGUGGUUAUUUUUUUUCUUUUCAUUGUACUGCUUACGUGUUA